AUGGAGUCUCUUGAGAUCCUUAUUCUUUCUGGUUGCUCAAAUUUAAAAAGAAUUCCAGUGUUUGGAGAAAAUAUGGAAAGUGUAUUAGAACUUUACUUGGAUGACACUGCUAUUACAAAAUUACCCACAUCAAUUGGGAAUUUGACUGGCCUUGCUUCAUUGAAUGUAAAAGAUUGCAAAAAUCUCAUGUCUCUUCCUAGUACCUUUUUAAAUAUGAAGCGGCUUAAAGAUCUCAAUCUUUCUGGAUGCUCAAAACUAGAAAAUUUGGUGACUAAGAAAAGUGCAGAGGAGGUUGAUGUGAGUGGAACUGCCACAGGACUUUUGCCUUAUUCCAAUGCUCUUUUUCGAACUCUUAAAAAACUAGCUUUCAGUGGAUUUAUGCCUAGAAGUCCCAAUUGCAUGGGCUUGUUAUCGACUUCUUUAUCGGGGUCGGGUCCUGGAAUAAGCAGAUUAUGGGUAUCAGAUCUAUGUCAUCUAAAAGGGAAGCAACUUUCAUUUCACUUAGAGAAGCGGAGAUGGCAGUCAAGAGAAAGGGGUUCAUAGUGUCAUUGGGGA